AUGGAUACUAUUGUAAAAAAGCAAUUAGUCAAAAUUUCUGAAGAACAACAAGGUGGUGAACAAGAUCAAAAUCAAGAACAGGAUCAACAACAACAACAACAACAACGACCUCAAACAGAAUAUGUAGAAUUAAAACGUCCAGUUUUUGUUAAAGCACCAACAAUUGUUAAAGCUGCAUCAAAAUUAGUACGUCUAGCAAUGGUUUUUGUCUACAUCUGUUUUGUAUCUGGUUUAGGUGUAACCUUAUCAUUUUAUUAUUUAUUUUUUUGGGAUUCAUCGAAACCAAAAGUUUUUAUUAUGCCAAAAUCAAAACCGGCAUAUCCAAUGUAA